AUGCUGAAUAUGAAAGCGAACAUUGACCCGUCGGAGCUGCAGCCGCCGGGGGAGUAUGACUUCGAGAAGAACUUUAAUCACCGUGCAGCCAGGAAAUGGAUGGAGGAGAACUGGUUACCCCGCUCUCCCACCAUACUAAUCACCACUUCAAAGAUGGUGCAGAUUACAGGAUUUGUAAUAAUUAACAUAUUUCUCUUCUUCUGGAAGGAUGAUAAGCUCUGCCAAGUUACCUGGCCAGUGCUUUUCCUUUCAUCGAGCUUGUAUACCACUUUAUUUGCCCUCUUCUCCAACUUCUUUGUGAAAACUUACCUGAGUAGCACCCAGAAAUCAAAAAGGAAUUAA